GGUCAACAGUAUAGCUUUCCACCAAAUAAUACACCUGUGACAAAGGUGUACGUCUUUGGAAGGCCGAUCUACGUCAGGCAGCCGUUUGUCUUACCACUACGAGAUGACCCAUAUAACCCCAGCGUUGAGAGCCCUCCUCUGAGAGAUCAGGGAUCAUUUCCUGUGGUUCCAGCCGUACCUGUGGUUGGCAAUCUUGAGCAAGCCAUUCUGAAAGAAGAGCUAAUGAAACCGGAAUACAGACAGAGAACUGCUGAGAUUGGUGUGCCGUUAAAAAUAAUAGCCACUCAUUUCCCGACUUCAGGAUCUUUUUUCACAAGGUCGAUGCGCAUACGUACCUACCAGAGCGACAGGUUUGAAAGAGCGGUCGCAACAGCCCUGGUCUAUGUGAACCAAAGCGGAUUCAUGUGCUGCAAUCGGGAACUGGAACGAGUAAUGCGAGACGUACUUGAAGAGCUCACUGCAGAUAAAGGAUGGCAAACUUGUAAUGUACAAAAGAUUGCGAACACACUACAG